UCAAAUAUUAUCUUUGGCGAUGAUGGUAGACGAUUUGGAUGAAGAUGUAAUUUUCGAGAAUUCCCCCCUGUACCAGCACCUGCGGGAGGCAGGGGUGGAGGGCAUAGACGCAGAACCAGUCCGAAUCAACGGGAAAAGCACCCGCCAAACAGAGCAAGAACAAGCACCUGUCCCCCCGGCCGUGUCCAGGGUGUCACAGAUCUGCCGGAAGUGUUUCAACUUUCUCUACACGCUGCUCCGUAAACACAAACACCAGACAGACACAGAGGUCCAACGGUACAAGGACCAGGUGCUGUCUACGCUGCGGUCCUCCAGGGUCCUCGUGGAGGACGACCAGGUGUUCCUGCAGGACUUUGUCGGGGAGGAGCCAGCCCCACCCGACAGUCGACGCCCCUCCACAUCUCACAGGCUCUGGGUGAAACUGAUAUUUCCUUCAGUCCUUGUACCAUGCAUGGUAGCAUACAUCGCAGCACGUCUGACUGACAGUGGCUCCCCCUACAGUGUGACCUCUGACCUGGUGGCAGGAGCUGUGGCGGUGUUGGGCGUGGUGUACGGAGUUGUACAGGGGGUGGAGUACAGAAGGCGGCGCCAGUAUGACCGACUGUACAACAUGUUCACACGUUGCCUGGACACCUUCCUCAGUCUCCUGACCGUGACACGCAAGAGUCUUCGCUUGAUACAAGAAACAGAACUGGUCGCCAGAGGUUUUACCUUAGUGAGUCAGAAGACCGCAGUGAGUCAGCUGGACAGGAAGCCGUCUGCUGCCACCAGGAGGCAGUGUCCACAACUCCGCAAGUGUCUGUUUGCUACAUCCCGGGCCGCCACGCUGGUGUUGAGGCAGACCACACUCAAGCUGAUCCACAGACAUCCCCUGAUCCCCGAGAUAGACUCCAUCUCCCACUACUUGGCGGGGAUCGCCCUGGAGGACUACGGACCCUGUCUACAGUCUCCCCAGGAUGAGGAGAACUCUGGACCAUGUCUACAGUCUCCCCAGGAUGAGGAAGACAGGGGUGAUAAGGAGGAGAGGGUGCUCUACCACCUGACUGAUGGGUACUCCGUGGCGGCUCUCAAGGCCAUGACUGAACUGUUCCACCUGCAUCUGUCCGAGUUUGUCCGAAGACUGGCGCUGUGCUUCUCCCAGAAUUCCCAGCCUACUGAUGGAGACGGGAGCAACCCAUUUGACACAAUUGAUCUUACAAGUGACCUUGGCAGGACUUUACAGACAAAAGAGUUAUCAUUGCGCCGCCUGUAUGACUUCCAUAGGAGCAGUCCACAGGGGAGACAACCCAAAGGUCGAUCUCCUCAAAACAAGUGUUCCUCACAGACAGAAGAGUUCUAUAUAGCUGUACACAGCCUUGACCUUCAUCUGCAAGCGACAAUCUCUCGGGUUCGAGAUCUAGCCAGUCAACUUGAGUCUAGACUAGAAGAUGUUCCAACCAAUCAGCAAUCAGAAUCUGAACAUGCGGCCAAUGAGAAGUGGGUGUCCUUCAUGGCAGGUAUUAAGGCGGAACUAGAAGCAUGCAAGGGCUGCUGGGACGAGGGAACAUCUCGUCUGGAGAAGGCCAGAAAGCAGGUUCCCAAACUGGAGGUUCCCCCAGAUGUGGCUUUGCUAAAGUCAGAAUCCAGAGUAAUUCCAUUUGCUGAAAUUGGAGACCCAAUCAUUGAAGAUCAGGUGUUUGAGGCGUACACUGACCCCGAUGAGGUGGAGCCCGGAAGCUGGAGCUGGGAGCCGAUCCUUUCCCCCGAGGAGCGUGAGAAGAAGAAACGUGAGAAACAGGAGGCACUACGUCUGUUGACAGAGCUCAAAUCUGUCAUCUCCGUCAGAGCCCAGGACAGAGAGAAGAGAGAGCAGAUUGCCCUGUCAAAGAUGGGUCAAGGGAAGACAACUCCUGCAGGACAUAAUGAUGAACCCACAACUGAAACAUCUGGAAAUGUAACUAAAAACAUUACCCAGAGCGCUGAACAAAAUAGUUGUCAUACUUCCAUUUUGUAUGGGAGAGAUGACUUAAAGUCAGUGUGUGGACAGUCGCCCAGAGUCCAUCGAAGGGGGGAUAACUCUGAUACGAUUGAGAAUAACAGAUCCACCGUUGACGUUGAUGAUCGUUGUGACGAUACUGAAGUCGGGGAAAGUAUGUUCAGUGAGUUGAAGAAGGAUAGAUAUUCAUUUGCUGGAGCUGAGUGUUUGGACUCUUCUACUGAGAGUCAUAGACAUCUGUGUGAGGGUCGUAUGUCAAAAUGUCUGCCAUCUGGUGGUGACGAUCAGAGUAAGCCUGAAGCACCAUCUGGUGGUGAUGAUCAGAGUAAGCCUGAAGCACCAUCUGGUGGUGACGAUCAGAGUAAGCCUGAAGCACCAUCUGGUGGUGACGAUCAGAGUAAGCCUCAAGCUCCAUCUGGUGAUGAAGAUCAGAGUAAGCCUGAAGCGCCAUCUGGUGAUGAAGAUCAGAGUAAGUGUGAAGCGCCAUCUGGUAGUGAUGAUGAGCAAUCAGAUACAGCGUCAUAUGGCAAAGACUAUGCCCCAGUAGAGAGAGACGACUUGAAAGAGAGGCUUGAGAGAAUUCAUGGAACUAAUCUUGGUUUUACAGCCAAUGUGGCUGCUAUGGCUGCUGCAAGAUCCGCGUUGCUCCGACGAAGUGAGCAGACAUUUGGUGACACAUUCGGAGACAGCAGCGAAGAGGAGGAAGGCAUUGUGGGAUAGAUGCUACAGCAUUCAUUUCUUGACAAAGUACUUAUGGAGGAGCUAGGACAGACAGUUGAUAUUUUUAAGGGGCAGGUGUGUGUGUUCUUCUUUGGGUUUACCACUAUGUUUUCUUAUCUUUCAAGAUUUUCGUGUAUUUCAUACUCUCUUUUUUUCUUAUAUGUUCUUGUUUCUUGUGGGUGGGUCCAUUUUGAUCUCAGCUUCUUAAACGAUUCUUCCAAUGAUAGUGAGUGAGUGAGUUGGGUUUAACGCCUCUUUUAACAGUAUUCCAGUUAUAUCACAGCUUAAUGUGGGAGGAAAGCCCGAAGUGAUGCAGGUCUCUGACGUUUACC